CAGCUUACAUGUUACGCGAAGUCGAACCUUCAUCUUCGUUUCCGAGACACGAGUUUAAAAGGCCAAACUGCAGACGGAGGUCACGGAUUCCCCCACGGCCAUCGGCGGCUGAUCAUCAUUUUCCUCUUCACUCCGGUUCACCCACACCGCCGCUCUCCGCUGCUUAACCCCUCAGUUGUAACAGGGGAGGAGAAUGUCUACACCUUCAAGGAAGAGGCUAAUGAGGGACUUUAAGAGGUUGCAGCAGGACCCUCCUGCUGGUAUCAGUGGUGCACCUGUGGAUAACAAUAUAAUGCUAUGGAAUGCUGUCAUUUUUGGACCAGAUGACACUCCAUGGGAUGGAGGUACGUUCAAGUUAACACUACAGUUUUCAGAAGAUUAUCCAAACAAGCCACCAACAGUGCGAUUCAUUUCUAGAAUGUUUCACCCCAAUAUUUAUGCAGAUGGAAGCAUAUGUUUGGACAUUCUUCAAAAUCAAUGGAGUCCAAUUUAUGAUGUUGCUGCCAUCCUUACAUCUAUUCAGUCAUUGCUAUGUGAUCCAAAUCCAAACUCACCAGCAAAUUCAGAAGCAGCAAGAAUGUUUAGUGAGAAUAAGCGCGAAUAUAACAGAAAAGUGCGUGAAAUUGUGGAACAGAGCUGGACAGCUGACUAAAUAUAUAGUAUUAUAUAUGUCUGUAUCUGUACUCUAUAUCAUUUAAGAUCAAAUUCUCUUAUGGUAUGGUAUGGUGGUAUGUUUCUAUCAGAUAUUUACUUGCUUCAAAAAUCAAAACCCCACCAAAUAUUCUCAAUAAUAAGACUGGUUAGUAGUAAAAGUUAUGUUUUUAUGCCAUCAAAGUAUUUAGGGAAAUUUAAGCUUUCUAGUUUCUAUUAUAUGUGUUUUGUUGUGUUGUGUUGUUUGCUUGUUAGGCAUGUAAUGUGUGUACAUACGAUGGUUUCUUGUAUUAUAUGAUUGGUCUUAAAUUAUGCUAAUAUUUGUUACUUAUUCA